GAGCCCACGGUCAUCGCAUCUUGAUCGCAUCCGAAGGUUGCAACCAAGUUGCAACGCUACGUAGUCCUUCUGAGCGAUACGAACUAGAACGCCGUGCCCGAAGACUGCUGUGGGAGACAGCGAACAUCAUCCGAUCUCGUUGGUGCCGUAUAAUGCCCGACGAUUCGGACUCGAAUUCUACUCCCAUUCGUACGUGAAGAGGCACGUCAGCACGAUCCCAAUGGUCAAAUCAAUAGUCAUGAUCAGCAAUGAAGUAUUGUCGAAGUAGUAUAGCACCCUGUUCAUAUUUACUUACCUAUGUAGUAGUUGCAGUACUACCCUGCACAGGUCGAACGACCAGGAAUCGCCGAACGCGAAGAGUCAUAGCUAUAGCUAUGCCGAAGGGAUUUAGCACUGGCAACGACGCUCACUCGAUAGUACGACGCCUCCUAUCGCCAGAAGACCUGCAGUUAACGCAAUGUUCCCAUACAUCCACGCGGCUAGUAAUCCAACGGUUCUCGACCAUAUGCGCCUGUGCCUUCCUACAGGCCGCGAGGGAAACGGCUUGAUUUGCGUUAGCCCUUGUCUCGUGGGAUGCAGUUUCCGAGUCUGAGUAUUACAAAAGGUUCAGUGAUCCUGAGCGAGGAGAUACUCGGUCGAACUAGAAUAGCUGGGGUUCGGGUCAGCGCAGA